AUGGCCCAGAGGCCGAGGCUGCUGCUGCUGCUGCUGCGGCGGCGGCGGCGGCGGUGGCGGGACCCGCGGGCACCAUGACUCUUUUCAGCUUCUUGGUGGCUCUGAUGCUGGGGACGCUCCCCGGCGUGAGCGGCGUGGAAAGGAGCCCCAAGCCCCCGGGGCCGCGCCGGCCCCCGCUGCCUGCUGCGAUCCCCCGGCCCCCUGGCCCCGUCCCGCCGGCUCUCGGACCGCCCCGACGGCCGGCCGGCCUGUCCUUCCAGCGCCGCCAGUCCCCUGCCUCCGCGCCCCUGGCGCUGCUUUCGCUCCCAGCCCCUGGCCUGGGGCAGCACCGCUUCUCGGGAAGGAGACGGGACGUGGGUGCAGGGGGCGGACAGUGUUGCUUCCCUGGAGACCCUCAAGACCGCUGCGACUGCAGACACGGGUCACUGCGCCUCCGAGGUGGGAAAAAUGAAUUUGAAGGUACCGUGGAAGUGUACUCCAGAGGCGUUUGGGGAGCAAUCUGCAGCAGCGACUGGGAUGAUAAUGAUGCGGCUGUCAUCUGUCAGCAGCUGCGGCUCGGGGCCAAAGGGACAGCCAAGCAGACCCCAGUGGCUGAGCUGGGCCUCAUUCCUAUUCACUGGAGCAACGUUCACUGCCGAGGGGAUGAAGACAACAUCCUGAUUUGUGAACGAGAUGCUGGGCCCCCAGGGAUGUGUCCACAGAAGACAGCAGCAGCAGUCUCGUGCAGCUUUUACCAGGCUCCUGCCUGGACACCCGUGAGGCUUGUUGGUGGGCGCAGUGACCACGAGGGUCGAGUGGAGCUCUAUCACGCAGGGCAGUGGGGCACGGUGUGUGAUGACCAGUGGGACGACGCAGAUGCUGAAGUGGUCUGCCGCCAGCUGGGCCUGAGCGGGGUGGCCAAAGCGUGGCCCCGGGCCUACUUCGGACAGGGGUCUGGCUCCGUCAUGUUGGAUGAAGUGCGGUGUACAGGAAAUGAGCUUUCCCUGGAGCAGUGUCCCAAGAGUCCCUGGAGAGAACACAACUGUGACCACCGGGAGGACGCGGGGGUCUCAUGCACCCCGCUGACAGAUGGGGCCCUGAGACUAGCAGGCGGGAAGGGCAAUCAUGAGGGACGGUUGGAAGUACAUUACCGUGGACAGUGGGGCACCAUCUGUGAUGACGGGUGGACAGAGAGGAACACCCAGGUGGCUUGUCGGCAGCUGGGAUUUAAGUAUGGCAAGCAGGCCUCCGGUCGCCAUUUUGAAAAAAGCCCGGGGCCCAUCUGGUUGGAUGAUGUCAGCUGUUCAGGAAAGGAAACGGCUUUCCUUCAGUGCUCCAGAGGAAAGUGGGGAGAGCAUGACUGCAGUCACCAAGAGGAUAUUCACAUUACUUGCCAUCCAGACAGCGACGGGCACCGAUUCUCUCUGGGUCUCCCAAUCCGGCUGAUGGAUGGAGAGAACAAGAAAGAAGGACGAGUGGAGAUCUUUGUCAAUGGGCAGUGGGGAACAAUCUGUGACGACGGAUGGACCGACAAAGAUGCCGCUGUGGUUUGUCGGCAGCUCGGCUACAAGGGUCCUGCCAGAGCAAGAACCAUGGCUUAUUUCGGGGAAGGCAAAGGACCGAUCCAUGCAGACAACGUGAAGUGUAAUGGGGAGCGAGAGGAACCUCGCGACUGCAUCAAACAAGACAUCGGGAGGCACAACUGCCGUCACAGUGAGGACGCUGGAGUGAUCUGUGACUAUUUUGGCAAAAAAGCUCAGGGAACAUCUAGGAGAGAUUCCCUUUCAUCUGUUUGUGGGCUGAGGUUACUACACCGAAGGCAGAAGAGGAUCAUUGGUGGGAAAAACUCUUUAAGGGGCGGCUGGCCCUGGCAGGUGGCCCUGCGGCUGAAGCUAUCCCACGGAGACCGCAGACUUCUUUGUGGGGCCACCCUCAUCAGCAGCUGCUGGGUGCUCACCGCAGCGCAUUGUUUCAAGAGGUACGGUAAUAAUACCCGCAACUACAUUGUUAGAGUUGGGGAUUAUCAUACCCUGGUACCAGAGGAGUUUGAAGAAGAGCUUGGGGUCCAGCAGAUUGUGAUUCAUCGGCAGUACAGGCCCGACAGCAGUGACUAUGAUAUAGCCUUGGUGAGGCUGCAGGGACCAGAGGAGCAGUGUGCCACAUUCAACAGUCACGUUCUGCCUGCCUGCCUGCCUGCCCGACGAGAGAGGCCCCAGAAGACAGCGCCUAACUGCUACAUCACCGGAUGGGGAGAUACGGGACAAGCCUACUCGAGGACCCUGCAGCAAGCAGCCAUCCCCUUACUUCCCAAGAGGUUUUGUGAAGAGCGUUACCAGAGUCGGUUCACGAGGGAGGAUGCUGUGUGCGGAAGUCUGCAGGAGCAGAAUCAUGUGGACAGCUGCCAGGGAGACAGUGGUGGCCCCCUCAUGUGCCAACGGCCUGGAGAAAGCUGGGCUGUGUAUGGAGUCAUCUGGGGUUACGGCUGUGGUGUUAAAGAUUCUCCGGGUGUUUAUACCAAAGUCUCAGCCUUCAUCCCCUGGAUAAAAAGUGUCACCAAACUGUGAAAACGUCAGCCUGGAAGCUUCAAGAGAAAAGGACACUGGGAUUCAGUGGGCUUGAACUGAACUGCUAGUCCAGUUUAAAUCUGUGGCCAGACCACACACAUUUCUCUGGUGUUGUAAGUUCAACUUUUAAGAAACCAAAUGUAGAUUGCUUUUGUUUCAGAAUUCCUGUGCACAAAGAAAUCACUUGAGGUAAAUUUUGCAAAAGCCACUGAGGGUGUUGGGGGGAGGGGGCAGUGAUUACAGGAAUGCCUGUUUUGGCACUAAUGGGUGUGAGUUUUCUAUCUAAUUUGUCUCACUUUGGUGAAUUCCCGAUUUUGCUAUUUUGCCAGUUUGAGCCUUAUUUAUGAUCUCAUCUUGUUUCAUAGCAUUUUCCUCAAGAUGAAACAGAUAUCAGGGCUCAGGCAUUAUUUCUGUAUAACCUCAAAAAUUUAUUCAGAUUUUGGAAUGACUUUUUAUAUUUCCACUCAUCGCCCAAUCAUAGUGUUGAUAUGACGACUGAUUCAAAGCACAUAACGUAUUCUGAUUCAAUGGGGAAAACAACCCACCCGUUACUUAUUACUCCCAAAUGUGGCAUGGCAGAAAAGUCAUCUAUCCCUAAGACAGGAAUCUGCACGUUCCAGCCUGGCUGGCAGGCCCUCAGAGCAAGCCCCUUUCUCGGUCAGUGCUCUAGGCAACUCUGUAAGACUAAGAAUUGCAAAGAAACUGCCAGCCUGCAUUGGGAGAAAGCAUUUCCCAACUUGGGAAUUCCUUAAAUCAAUCACUGUCUCUAACAUCCUUCAAAUUAGUAGGGGGUUAGGCAAGGCUAAAAACCUCAAGGUCAUUCCGGAGCUUCUCAGUAAUACCUGGAAAAGGAGAGAGAGAGAUGGAAAGCAUAUCUGUGUGAGCUCACCUUCGCAAUCGGCAGAAAUGGGAGGAAGGAGAGAUUCAGCCUCAGACAGACAAGCUGUUCAACCCUAUUACCACAUUCCUGCCUGAAGGUCAAAUCACAAUGGGGAACCACAGUGCAAUUCCUCAUCCUUACUAUCUGAGGUAUUUAUAACUCGACCUGAUUUUGGGUCUUAGGGCAAGUAGCUCACUAGGUAACCGGAGUUUUUCCUUACAGCAGCAUUCUCUGACUGUCCUGUGAAGCCUGAUGGUCAAGGGGUUUGUAAGGGGGGUCCAGAGAUAUGGAUGUUGGUCAAUAUCAUUCUCGUCUGAAAGAUUACACAUAAGAUUCUGUAUCAGAAAACACUUGUGGUCAGCCAUUUUCAGCAUGUGCAAGGUGAUGUACUCUGUUCUGAUUAAGUUUCCCUCACCUUUGACCAUCUGAGGCACACCGUGGAAAGCUCCCCAUCUGCGCCAUGCAUGGGGAGGGGCCAAAAGUCACGUUUUAAUAACUUUUUGAAAAUUAUAUUUCUCAUCAUUUACGAGAAUUGGAUUUUUGCACAUAAUGUAAAUUCAUUUCCUAUACAUACUGCAUAUGAUG